CUUUGGAACUGGUCAGCAUAUUUGAGUCUUUUGUUGAGAUUUCAAUUUCAAUUAUCUUUGGGGGAAGCAGACAUUUUCUUUCUGGGGGGCACUUUUGAAGUGGGGGAUACCAGCUUUGCCUUGGCACUCACUGUUUGUAUGAUGUGUUGUGUUCUCUUCCUUUUUCUCUUCUCCUCUUCUUCUCAGAGGUUGGUAGGUCAAUCAAGACUCCACAAAGGCACGUGAUCUGAAUCCACCCACACUUCGAAUGCCAGUUUUCCUUCGUUUCCAGGCCUGGGUCUGAGCUAUUUCUCACAGAGAAGUGAGUUUUCUGUUUGGGAGAGAGUGAUACAAGGGUUUUCUGAAAGUGGGUUAUUCAGCUUUUGACCUGAUUUUGGAGGAAAAGUAAAUUCUAGUUGAAAAAAAGUUUUGGGUUUUGGCUUGAAGGGUUGAUGAAUUGGGGUUUGGGUUUUUAGAGGAUUUUGAUGAUAUCUGAGUUUGAGUUUAGGGUUUGUGAAAUAUGGGAUUAGGGGGUGAUGAUUCAAAAAGGAGGAGUAACAAAGAGGUGGUAGGGUCUGGGGAUUUGGGUGGGAGUUGGAUUAAGUUGAGGUUCAUUACUUGUUGUAUUUCUUCAAGUUCAAGAUCUAAGGUUGAUACCUCUAUCAGUGGCAUCACUACUUCUCACUGUGAAAGUAAAUGCGCAAAUGAUACGAGUGUAGACCAGCCCGCUGCUCCCGUAAUUUCUUCGACUGCUACCAGCAUUGCGGAAAGCAAUUCGUCUACCUCCAAACUCGAAGAGGAGCUUAAAAUCUCGUCUCGGCUUCGGAAGUUCACGUUUAAUGACCUGAAGUUGGCAACGAGGAAUUUUAGACCCGAAUCACUUCUUGGCGAAGGAGGUUUCGGCUGCGUAUUCAAGGGGUGGAUCGAGGAGAAUGGCACAGCGCCAGUCAAACCGGGGACGGGACUUACUGUAGCUGUGAAAACUCUGAAUCACGAUGGGCUUCAGGGUCACAAAGAGUGGCUGGCUGAAGUGAAUUUUCUCGGUGACCUCGUUCAUCCUAAUUUGGUGAAACUGGUUGGUUACUGUAUCGAAGAUGACCAGAGGCUUCUGGUUUAUGAAUUCAUGCCCCGAGGAAGCUUGGAAAACCACCUAUUUAGGAGGUCUCUGCCUCUUCCUUGGUCUGUUAGAAUGAAAAUUGCUCUCGGUGCUGCUAAAGGGCUUGCUUUUCUUCACGAGGAAGCACAAAGACCAGUCAUAUACCGUGAUUUCAAAACAUCCAACAUCCUAUUAGAUGCUGAUUACAAUGCCAAACUUUCUGAUUUUGGACUUGCCAAAGACGGUCCAGAGGGCGAUAAGACACAUGUCUCUACUCGUGUCAUGGGAACCUACGGUUAUGCAGCACCAGAGUAUGUGAUGACAGGACAUUUGACAUCAAAGAGUGAUGUCUACAGUUUUGGUGUAGUUCUUCUUGAAAUGAUUACAGGUAGACGAUCAAUGGACAAGAACCGGCCUAAUGGGGAACACAACCUAGUGGAAUGGGCACGGCCACAUCUGUGUGAAAAAAGAAGGUUUUAUCGGUUGAUAGACCCCCGGCUUGAGGGUCAUUUCUCCAUAAAAGGCGCCCAGAAAGCUGCACAAUUGGCUGCUCGGUGCCUUAGUCGGGAUCCAAAAGCUAGACCGAUGAUGAGUGAAGUCGUUGAAGCCUUGAAGCCGUUGCCAAACCUGAAAGACAUGGCGAGCUCGUCCUACUAUUUCCAGACCAUGCAAGCUGACCGGAUCGCGUCCAGCCCGAACACUAAAAAUGGCAUUGUGUUCUCGAAGAACGGACAGCAAAACCCGAGGAGCCUUUCGAUACCGAAUGGUUCUCAUGCUUCACCGUAUCGUCAGUUUUCCCAGAAUUCACCUAAACCAAAUGGUAAAGCAUAGAAUUGUGAGCAGUCAACCCCCACCCUUUUUCUCCCAUUCUUUUUCUCUCCCUUGAGAUUAUGAAAAUAUAUUUUGUUGGCUCAUUGUCCAUGGACCACUAACAAAGGAAAAAAAAGAACAGGUUAUAUUAAGUUACUGCUAGUUUGAGAGUGGUAAAAAAAACAAUGUAAUUUAAACAGAGCUGAUGUGAUGUCCAUGGAGUAAAUAUUUCAUUUCAUUUCAUUGUGUUUA